AUGUCCAUAGUAGCCCUCCCCGCAACCCCAGAAGACGGCCUCACCCUUUCCAUCCUCGAAAAUGCCGCCUUCGAAUCCAAUCCCCUAGGACCCCUCUGCUUCGGCCCUCCCACCGAAGAAAGCGUCCUAGCGCGCGGCAAAGAUCUGGAGGGAUGGUCGCAAGCUCCCAAUAUUAAACUGGUCAAGGCCGUCAUUCGGUCCCCCCGUUCCAAUGCCAAUGGACGCUCGAAAGAAGACAAAGAAGAAGAGGAGGAGGAGGAGGAGGAAAUAGUCGGCUGGGCAGGCUGGAAGUACUACCUUGAUGAUCCAGAGACGAGAGAGGAGGAAAAGCGUGUUCCGCCGCCGACGUCGCCUUCUCCGCAGGCCUUUUAUGAUUUCUUUGGGAGGCCGAAUUUGCUCAUGAAGGGGAAGAGAUAUAUCGCCCUCCUUAUCCUCGCUGUUCAUCCCAAGCAUCAGCAGAAAGGCGUCGGUUCGCUUCUGCUUAAAGCGGGUUUGGAGGAUAUCGAUCAGGAACAUCCCUCUCUUCCCGUUUGGUUGAGGGCUACUGAGAUGGGAUAUCCGCUGUACCUCAGGUUUGGAUUUAAGGUUGCCGAAAAGGAGGUCGUGGAUUUGUCCAAGUAUGGGCUGGAGGGAGUCGUAAGUACGAAUUAUACCAUGAUCAGGGGGUGA